AUGGCUCGAGACCAGGCCAUUGAGGGCACGGCAGUGGUGUCUCAGGAUACUAACAUCAGGACUGCUAUGAUUCAGUGGGACGUGAGUGCCACGAAGAACAACACGGAGAUCCUGAGGUCAGAUAUUGAGAAGAGUGGUGUGAGGCUUGAGAGUAUGGGUGGCGAGGUGGGCGAGGUGCAUGGCUUGGUGUCUCAAAUCAGCUCUGGCAUGGAGCACAUGACCACGGAAACCACGGGCCUGAAGAAAGGAAUCGAUGAGAACACAAUCUCCAUGAAGAGAGAAUGUGAGAAUAAUGAGAGAAGACACCAAGAGUUAUGCAACCUCAUCAUCGGGCAAGUUGAGGCGAAGAGCAAAAUCGCCAAGCGAGAGAGCGCCCUGGAAGACGGCUCACGUAGUCUAAAAAACCAACUCAUGACGCUCCUUCUCGAGGGUAGAAAGAAAGAUGCCGAGAUUGCCAUGCUGAAAGAACGACUCAAUCAGAACCGGAAACGCGGCGCAGUGGUCAGCUUGAAUCGUUUCUGCGAGAUUUUAGCCCAGCCCAGCUCUACUGAAGAUAAGCCAGUCGAUAUAGAGCGCAUGUUCCAGCACCCAAACGAAGACUUCAGACGAGCCCUCGUGCACAAGAGUAGGUUCAAUGCAGCCACUCAAGGCCAAGUCCAAUCGUUGCUGCGACAUGAACGGUUACACCGAUGGGUAACCAGCCAUCACCCCGACCUGAUUCUCGUCGACGCGAACAUCAGCUCGUCCGGCCUGUCAAAGGUGUCCGCCAUAUCAGUCUUUUGCGCCACCUUGAUCUCUAGCAUGAUGGAAGUCCAUCCUGACGAGGUGGUUGUCCAAUUCUUCUGUGGAUUACACACCGCUCCCCUAGAUCCCUGGCACGGGCCGAACGGUCUAGUCCGUUCUAUUGCCAUGCAGCUCUUGAUGAAACUAGUCAAGAUGAACAUUCUAAAGUUGGGGUUCAUCAACGAUCGAGACUACCUGAGAGACCUUGAGCAGCACGACUUAAGCAAACUCUGCGACACAUUCUACUCGCUUGUGUCUCAAUUCCCGGCCGACACGAGAGUAUACUGCAUCAUCGACUCCAUUUCUUGUAACAGGAGAAUGAAGGAGUUGCCGGUGUUCAAAGAGAACCCGUCUAGACUUGUCACUCUGUCUUCGAGGAACCUGAUACCCAUGGGAAUAUCUAACAGAGCGAUAGAGCGUCAACUUUCCAGAUCCCCAUCUCCGUCACCACUCAUACCCAAGAAGGGUGUGUCUAGAAUUGCAAGACAGGAAAAUUAUGACGAUAAUUAUGGUGAUUGGUAG